GGGCGGAGCUCUUGAAACGCUCCAGAUGCAGAGUGUCACAGAUCGAAGGUGUACCUGUUUAAAAAAAAGAUGCUUCCAGACACAGUGUGGAGGAUAUGUAGGAGAAAACCUGAUACCACCUGAUUGGUGAGGCAGGGAAGAUACAUGUGCUUAUGUAACGAGGGGUGCCCAGAAACUAAAGAAGUGACACUUUGUCUGAGGAGCUUUCCAAGGCCUUUUCACUGGUUUCUGUGUCUUCCUCCUGCUGUCUGGGGAAACCAAAGGAAUACGACUGGUUCUGAAGGAAUAAUAUGGCAGCAAAUUCAGAAACAAACAGUGAUAUAGAGGAUCAGGACAAGGAAUAUGUGGGUUUCGCAACACUGCCAAACCAGGUGCACCGCAAGUCCGUAAAGAAGGGAUUUGACUUCACGCUCAUGGUGGCAGGGGAGUCUGGCCUGGGAAAGUCCACCCUGGUCAACAGUCUGUUUCUCACAGAUCUGUACAAAGAUAGAAAAUUGCUCAAUGCUGAAGAGCGAAUCACCCAAACAGUAGAAAUCACCAAACACACGGUGGAUAUAGAAGAGAAAGGUGUCAAACUGAAGCUCACUAUCGUGGACACUCCUGGGUUCGGGGAUGCUGUAAACAACACUGAAUGCUGGAAGUCAGUGGCUGACUACAUCGACCAGCAGUUUGAGCAGUACUUCAGGGACGAGAGUGGCCUUAACCGCAAGAACAUCCAGGACAACCGCGUACACUGCUGCCUCUAUUUCAUCUCACCCUUUGGUCAUGGCCUUCGGCCUCUGGAUGUGGAAUUUAUGAAGGCUCUGCAUGAGAAAGUCAACAUCGUCCCUGUUUUGGCCAAAGCCGACACACUCACCCCUAGUGAGGUCAAGAAAAAGAAAAUUAAGAUCAGAGAGGAGAUUGAGCAGUAUGGCAUCAAGAUAUACCAGUUCCCUGACUGUGACUCUGAUGAAGAUGAGGAAUUCAAGCAGCAAGACCUCGAGCUGAAGGAAAGCAUUCCCUUUGCAGUAAUUGGCAGCAACACAGUGGUGGAGGCUAAAGGGAAGAGGGUGCGAGGCCGUCUCUACCCCUGGGGUAUCGUAGAAGUGGAGAACUCGGCACACUGUGAUUUUGUGAAGCUGAGGAACAUGCUCGUUCGCACACACAUGCAAGACCUCAAGGAUGUGACCCGGGAGACCCACUACGAGAACUACAGAGCCCAGUGCAUCCAGAGCAUGACCCGCAUGGUGGUGAAGGAGCGCAACCGCAAUAAACUAACCAGAGAGAGCGGCACAGACUUCCCCAUCCCUGUGGUACCCGGAGUGUCGGAGAGCGAAACAGAAAAGCUCAUCCGAGAGAAAGAUGAGGAGUUGCGGCGGAUGCAGGAGAUGCUACAGAGGAUCCAGGAUCAUUUGAUCACUCAGAAAGACGGCUAUUAAACACGGUCACACUGUGUACAUGUCUCACUGGGUUUAAAAAAAGAAACACCCAGGAAACCUUUCUUCCACUCUUGAACAUCGACAUCCCUCGGUGUCCACCCAGCCACCACUCAGCCUCAUCGACAGCAUGUUUCACAUGGAUCAGGGACCUGGUGAGGAGGUGGUCACACGUUCUGACAUUUGCAGCUUAGCAACUCCUUUUAUCCUCUCCAGAAUCUCUGACAUUAAUCUCACCACUGCUGCAGAACACCUGGCCCUCCUCUCUACCUGUUUUAAACAGGUCUGGUGUUGGUUGGAAAGAACCGGUCUCCAGUUUGAGGAUUAAUUCACAUAUCGGAAGUUUUAUUUAGCCACAUGAACACAGGGUUGUAUAGUGAGGUUUACAUCAACGUACUGGUGAUCUGCUCAGAUUUUUUAAGCACAUUUUUUUUUCUGGUGCGAGUGUUUAUUUUUAUUAUAUCUAUAGGUCAACAUGCAUAUAUACUGUAAUAAUUUAAUUUUCUAUGUUACACUCAACUGCUUUUCCUCCUGUAAGUGUACCUGGUUUUAUUUAAUUACACCCUUCUACACUGCCUGACAUUAUACGUGAUUGUUUUACGUUGAAUUCCCGCCCGCUGAGGUUCCUGUUGGUUAAUUUGGUUUCAUCUUCAGGCAGAGAUUGAGUUUAAUGUAAAUUUAGUUUUAUCAGUGUCUGCAUGUUUAGAGUUGCACCUCCGAUGCCCGAUGUCAUGGAUGUCUGAGGCUCUGCUCAACAUUGGCCAGUUUAAAGUCACUUAGAACUGCUUACUGAUUUUCCUGUCAGGAUUUAAGUUAAUGUACUUUUCAAUAUGAUGGAGAAGAAUUAUUUGGAGAUUUCCCCAAAGAAGAGUCGUUUAAAAGUCGGCUGAGGACUUUGAUAAGACAGGGCUCUAGAUUUGCAUGAGGUGAGCGUCCAGUGGCAGGGUUGCAUCACAGCCCAUGCAGUGUAUUUAUUUUUGCAUGUGUUUUAUGAAGGUUACUCAGAUUGUAGUUUGGUUAUUGGUGAUCAGCUGUUGGGGAAAUAUAUAUAUAUUAAAAAAACAGAUGUUCUUUGGUUUUUUUACAAUGUUUUGGCGUGUUUUAAUUUUGUGUUCUCACUUCUCAGCAACUGUUGAUUGAGUACUAACCUUGACAUUUUUCUUGUAACCAAUGAUAAACUUGAGUGUCCCAAAUUUUGGAUUUACCUUUAAAAGUGUGAAUUUUGUUUGACUUAUCAAAGCCAAGGGUAAUGAUCAAAAUUACUGCGUGAACAUAAUGAUUUUACCAAUUGUUUCCGUUACAAACCUUUGUUUUGGAGAUGAGAUGACUCUGCCUUGUGUGACUUUUGUUUUCUUUAAAAAAAACAUUCCUCGAACUUCUAUCCCAGAGUCAGGUCAUACUUUUGUUUUUAAGUUUGUUUUAUAUUAAAUUUGUCUUUUGUUAUGCUACGUUUUUGAGUAUAUUUAUGUAAUAAAUUUAUAAAUGAAACGAGGAUGGAAAGGAUGAUAUGUACAAAUUCUAAUAUUGUAAUAAAAUAUGAAUAUAAUUUCAUGCUCAA